UCAAAACCAAUAAUCAUAUAAUUCAAACGGGCCCACCUUGGAAUUAGAGACCAGUUAACUGGACCCAAAGCAAUCUGAAAGAAGUGUUCACUUUAAAUGUAAAUAUUUGUGAAAUAUUUAGAAUGAAAGGAACAGUGAAGGAAAUUAAUCUGAGCGCUGACCAUCACAACCAGUACCUCAAAACAUAUGCGUAAAAUAAUCAGAGAAAACUGCUCUGUACAAGAUGAUAGAAUAUUUAAUGUUAGCAAAUUAAUCAAAUCAAUUAUACUUUAAUGAAGACAAAUCCAUCAUUCAGCUACAGCAGUUAAACUAUGAAACAAGAAACUAAGACAAAUUCAAGCAACAAAUAACAAACAAGCGUGUGUGUGUGUGCGUGUGUGUGUGUGUGUGUGUCAGGGAGACAUGGAAAGAGAGCCAAGAUGGCCGAUGCCAUCUCUUGGAAGAUGACAUCAUGUUCAACAUGCUUGACUCUUCAACAAACCAUGACGAAACACCGUUCUCUCACACGCUCUCUAUGGCUCCCACGAGACAGCCACAUCUAAUGUUAUAGCAAGGUCAUUAGCCAUAAGUCUCCAACGAGUCACGGAGAAACAGCUAUACACAUAAUACAGACAAGACACAAUACUCGCUUUCCUGUCACUUAGCUGCUGGUGAACAAACUCAGACUCUAAUCACCUUUGGCUGAUCCUUCGCUGGAAUGCGGCUUAUUGUAUCCUCACAUGAUGGCAAAGCUAACACUUUUGGUCCGCAGAGUGGAGCGGCUCAAAUCAGCUUGUGAUAAGCACAAAGAAGAACAAGCAAACACAAACAAUGUUUUACAGUGUAAAACUAACAGCAAAUAAAAAGGACUUGGCGGUCCAGAAAAUGGCAAACAAUGUAGUUUAAAAGCAUACAAUAUGCAUCAGCUACUGAUGUGCUGUUAAAUUAAUGUCCGGUGAAGGAAAAAAAAACCAAAAACCUUGCAGACCAAAUACUAGUUUGAAAUUCAGGAGGGCAGUACAGAAUAAAAACUCAGUGAAGAAAGCUGUGCUGUUCCUUGUCAGUAUUGAGUGUUCUAGUAUGAAUUAUUAUAUACUUUGAUAAAACAAGAACAUGUCAUAAGACAAAGUAAAAUGUCUUAAAGCAACUUUCAAAAUGUGGGUUUUCAAAAGUGACUUAAAAGACGAGACUGAGUUUGUAAAAUUGCCCAUCUGUGUAAUGCCUAUGAUAUAUGUAAACCUUAACAAGACAAGUGGGUGUAGAUGAUCGAGGGGGGACAUAUUGAUUAAAAUUGUUUUUUUAAUUUAGGAGUAAACCAUUCCCAUUUCUUUAUAUUAAUAAUAAAAGCAGGCGUUCUACAUCAUUAGUUUUUUUGCUGAUGUUAAUUAAACAUGAGUAUCAGUAACCUCAGUCUUUUAUGAUGAGGUCACACUGCUGCUGUAGGUUUCCUCUGCGUUCCAAAGUUUUAAAGCAGAGUUCCAUCUCAGUUUGGAGGGAGUCAGUACGACUGCAGCAGGACAACUGGUGGACGCUCAAAUUCACAUUUUCAAACAUAGUUUUGUCAUUUUGAAGUCAGCAUUGAACAGACUUUGGAGAGGAAAUGUUCCCUUUGGGGUUGUUUACUAAAAUGAUAUUGAUUGUGAUGAAUCUGUUUUGUGCUGUUGCGUUGACUUCUGCUUGUUUUGCACAAAGUGCAGUUAAAACGUAAAGCACAUAUAAACAAACAGUAUAACUCCCAGUUUAAUAUGUAACAAAAUUAUUACUUUGUGUUCUUGUGAACCAGAUGGAGGAUCAUGGUGAACUCAACACAGGUUUCAUUUUUCACACUUAGUGCCUACUUUGACACCGGGCUGUUUAAAUACUUAUAUUUCAUGAUUAUUUUGUCUGUAUAUAUUUUAAUCAUUUGUUCCAACCUUCUGCUCAUCGUGGUUAUCUGUAUGAACAGGAGCUUACAUGAACCUAUGUACAUGUUCCUGUGCAGUCUGUUUGUAAAUGAACUGUAUGGUAGUUCAGGGUUGUUUCCGUUCCUUCUGACUCAGAUUCUCUCUGACAUUCACACUGUUUCUGCUUCUCUUUGCUUCCUGCAGAUUUUCUGUGUGUAUUCAUAUGGAACUAUAGAACUUUUAAACUUAACCGUCAUGUCUUAUGACAGAUAUCUUGCCAUCUGUUAUCCUCUACAAUAUAACACUCGUAUGUCAUACAACAAAGUUGCCAUCCUUAUUGCUUUAACAUGGUUGCUCAUAUUUCUUUUGAAUUUUUUUACAAUGCCUUUAAUUAUUCCUUCACAACUGUGUGGGGACAUUAUUAAAAAAGUCUACUGUGACUAUCACUCUGUUGUGAAACUGGCCUGCUAUGACACCACAGUCAGUAACAUCUAUGGACUCAUUGUAACUGCCAUCUCAGUCUUUGGUCCUCUAAUUGUAAUCUUUUACACGUACAUGAGGAUCCUUAAAGUGUGUUUCUCUGGUUCUAAACAGACGAGACAGAAAGCCGUCAGUACCUGCACACCUCACCUCGCUUCUCUGCUCAACUUCUCUUUUGGGGCUUGUUUUGAAAUAUUACAGAGCAGGUUUAAUAUGAACAGUGUUCCUAAUAUGUUGAGAAUAUUUUUAUCUUUAUACUUUCUUACAUGUCCUCCACUCUUCAACCCUGUAAUGUAUGGGCUCAAACUGUCUAAAAUCUUUGUCAUAUGUAAAAGUCUCAUUACAAAUGUAGGCUGUUAG